CACGCUCCACUGAACCCCAGCAAGGAUUCUCCAUCCAUCACGAAGUUCAAUCACUUCUUAUCACAGCCACUUUUUCUGUCUGUCAGAAGAAAAUUCUUCAAGACACAAUAUCAACCAUGCCUGCCCAAGACGUUGGCUUCAACAAGGUUGGCAUGCUCGGCGUGGGCAGCAUGGGCAGCGCCAUGGCCCUGCUCAUGGCCGAGUAUGACUUCCAGGUGUUUUUCUAUGACCCCAGCAAGGAGUCCAUGGACAAGCUCGACAAGAAAAAGAGCGACCUGAAGAUGGAUGACAAGGUCAAGAGAUGCAGCAGCUUUGUGGACGUCUGCGACAAGAUCAAGGACAAGGGGAAGCCCCGCGUGUUUGUGCUCAGCAUACCCCAUGGCGAGCCGGCGGAUAAGUGUAUCGAGGCGGUCAGGAGCAAGCUCGACAAGGGGGACACUUUUAUCGACUGCGGCAAUGAGCACUGGACCAACACUGAGCGCAGGCAGGCCCAGCUAGAGCCGAAGGGGAUAUACUACGUCGGGUGUGGCGUGUCGGGAGGGUACCAGAGUGCACGGUCCGGGCCGUCAAUGUCUCCCGGCGGCUCGAAGGAGGCCCUCGCGCAGGUGAUGCCGUUCUUGAGGACGAUUGCUGCCAAGGACAAGAAGGGCACGCCUUGCACGGUCGAGGUUGGUCCUGGCGGCAGCGGGCACUAUGUCAAGAUGGUGCACAACGGCAUCGAGCAGGGGAUGAUGUCUAUCAUCGCCGAAGUGUGGAUGCUCUUCACCAGAGGCCUUGGGCUUAAGCACGAGGAAAUAGGCAACAUCUUUGCUAAGUGGAACAAAGAGGGUCCUCUUCACGACUGUUUCCUUGUCGACAUCGCUGCAGUCAUCGAGCGAUCCAAGAACAAGGACGGCCGCUACGUCCUCGACACGGUGCGGGACAAGGUCGUCCAAGAUGUCGACGAGGAAGAAGGCACCGGCACCUGGACGUGCGAGGAGGCCGUGGCACUGCACGUGCCCGCCCCGACCAUUCUCAGCGCACACCUGUUCCGCUGUGCGUCGGCAGACCUCGCCGAGCGCAUCCUGCACCGCCAGGCUACGGGGUCCAAGGUCGACAUGCUGCCCCUGAACGUGCAGGACAAGCACGCCGUCAUCGAGACGCUGCACAAGGCGACGUACUUCUGCUUCCUCGCGUGCUUCACGCAGGGGAUGGACAUCAUCCGCGCCAAGGACAAGCAGAAGAAAUGGGGCCUCGACUUCACCAAGAUCAUGCAGCUCUGGCGUGGCGGCUGCAUCAUCCAGGCGGAUCACAUCACCGACCUGAUUACCAAGGUGUACAAGCGACACGACCACAGCCAGCACGACAUGCUCUCGAGCCCCGAGAUCGGCAAGGAGCUGUCGGCCAACUGGGAUGCGCUGAAAAGUGUCGUGAUCAGGGGCGUCCAGACGGACGCUUUCAUCCCGGCCAUCAGCCAGACUGCCGAGUAUUACAAGUACAUGACUUCUACAGGACUGCCGACGCAGUUCAUGGAGGCGCAGCUGGAUUUCUUUGGGGAGCACAUGUAUGAUUGCAAGGAUGAUCCGAUCGGCGGGCCAGUCAAGGGCAAGCACCACUUUGAGUGGCGUCCCGCCAAGGGGAUUACCGGAAAGUAGAUUCAACUUAAGACUCGG